AUGUCGGCUGCCACUAUUUUAGAGUCAUUCGAGACCCUAUCUUUCUGGCAGACAUCCUUUGCUGAACGAUCCACAAAAAGUUUCCUUAAUACACCAGCACUCUUCUCACUCUUCCCUCUCUUCUCACUCUUCCCUCUCUUCUCACUCUUCUCACUCUUCCCUCUCUUCUCACUCUUCCCUCUCUUCUCUCUCUUCUCACUCUUCCCUCUCUUCUAUCUUCCUCUCUUCUCUCUUCUUCUCCUCUUCCCUCUUCUUCUCCUCUCUUCUCUCUUUUCUCUCUUCUCACUCUUCCCUCUCUUCUCCCCACUCUUCUCCUCUUUUCCUCUCUUCUCCUCUUCCUCUCUUCUCCUCUUCUCAUUUUCCCCUCUUCUCCUCCCUCUUCUCACUCUUCUCUCUUCCCUCUCUUCUCCUCUUCCCUCUCUUCUCCCUCUUCCUCUUCCCUCUCUUCUCCUCUUCCUCUCUUCUCUCUUCUCCUCUUCCCCUUCUUCCCUCUCUUCUGACUCUUCUCACUCUUCCCCUCUCUUCUCCUCUUCCCUCUCUUCUCUCUUCUCCCUCUUCCCUCUCUUCUCCUCUUCCCUCUCUUCUCCUCCCUCCUCUUCCCUCUCUUCUCCUCUUCCCCUCUCUUCUCCUCUUCUCCCUCUCUUCUCCCUUCUCCUCUUCCCUCUCUUCUCCUCUUCCCUCUCUUCUCACUCUUCCCUCUCUUCUCCUCUCCCUCUUCCCUCUCUUCUCCUCUUCUCACUUUUCCCUCUCUUCUCCCUCUUCCCUCUCUUCUCCUCUUCUCCUCUUCCCUCUCUUCUCUCUUCUCUCUCUUCUCCUCUUCUCCUCUCUUCUCCACCUUCCCUCUCUUCUCCUCUCUUCUCACUCUUCCUCUCUUCUCCUUCCCUCUUCUCCUCUUCUCCUCUUCCCCUCUCUUCUCCCACUUCCCCUCUCUUCCUCUCUUCUCACUCUUCCCUCUCUUCUCACUCUUCUCACUCUUCCCUCUCUUCUCACUCUUCCCUCUCUUCUCUCUCUUCUCACUCUUCCCUCUCUUCUCACUCUUCCCUCUCUUCUCACUCUUCUCACUCUUCCCUCUCUUCUCACUCUUCCCUCUCUUCUCUCUUCUCACUCUUCCCUCUCUUCUCACUCUUCUCACUCUUCCCUCUCUUCUCACUCUUCCCUCUCUUCUCACUCUUCUCCUCUUCUCCUCUUCUCCUCUUCCCUCUCUUCUCUCUUCUCUCUCUUCUCCUCUUCCCUCUCUUCUCUCUCUUCUCACUCUUCCCUCUCUUCUCCUCUUCCCUCUCUUCCCUCUCUUCUCCUCUUCCUCUCUUCUCACUCUUCCCUCUCUUCUCCUCUUCUCCUCUUCUCUCUCUUCUCCUCUUCCUCUCUUCUCCCUUUUCCUCUCUUCUCCCUCUUCUCACUCUUCCCUCUCUUCUCCUCUUCCCUCUUCUCACUUUCCCUCUCUUCUCCACUCUUCUCACUCUUCCCUCUCUUCUCCUCUUCCUCUCUUCUCCUCUUCUCACUUUUCCUUCUCUUCUCCUCUUCUCCUCUUCCCUCUCUUCUCCUCUUCCCUCUUCUCCUCUUCUCACUUUUCCCUCUCUUCUCUUUUCUCCUCUUCCCUCUCUUCUCACUUUUCCCUGUCUUCUCCUCUUCUCCCAAGAAAUUCCCUCUCUUCUCCUCUUCCCUCUUCUCACUCUUCCCUCUCUUCUCCUCUUCUCCUCUUCCCUCUUUCUCCCACUCUUCUCACUCUUCCUCUCUUCUCCUCUUCCCUCUUCUCCUCUUCCCUCUUUUCUCCUCUUCCCUCUCUUCUCACUCUUCUCACUCUUCCCUCUCUUCUCACUCUUCUCACUCUUCCCUCUCUUCUCACUCUUCCCUCUCUUCUCACUUUUCCCUCUCUUCCCUCUCUUCCCCCUCUUCUCACUCUUCUCAGAAUUUCUACUCAUUUUUAAGAUUUACAAUUUCUCCAAUUUUCUUCAAAUGCAUUUCUGUUUCAAGUGCACCAUAUUUUCUCCUGAUUAUUUCCUGAAAAUUUUCAUUUUUCUUUUCUUUGUGAUUCCUUCUUACAUUAGUCCGUUUUUCAGUUCCUAUCUUGAAUCCAAUUCCUCCCUGAAUCGUUUUCUUUUCAUUUUCUUUCCUAUUACGUGUUUGUUCCUUUCUGGGUUUUUUUUCUUCUUCUUUUCCUAUCUUUUUUUAAUUUUUAAUCUUUCUUUCCCCCCUCUAUUUACUCUCUGCUUCUUUUCGUCCGAUCAAUUUUUUUUCCCUUUACGCUUUUCUUUGUGUUCCCCCUUAAGGUUUAUCACUUCUUUUAUUUUAUUCCAUAAAUAUUCUUUAUUUGACAUAUUAAAUAUGAAAGAGCAAAACUCUUUUUUGCCUAAAGCGUCGAGAUAUAAAAGGUUCUAUUCUCCCAAAUUGCUUCUUCGGUAA